AUUAACCCGACCCGCGUGUUGACGUGUCACGAGAAGUUCUCUGCUGUUGUUCUCUCCUUCACCGCGGAACAUGGCGGCCGCGGCCACGUCUGUGUGGCGCAGAGGAGCGAUGUUGUACAGGAGCGCCGUCCACCUGCAGCACACCGUCAGGAGGGUUUCGAAGAGCAGCGACAGAGGCUGGUUCGACUCCUUGUUCGUGCACAAAGUGGACGCCAGGAAGGAUGCCCACUCCAACCUGCUGUCGAAGAAGGAGACCAGCAACCUGUACAAAAUUCAAUUUCACAAUGUCAAACCAGAGUGCCUGGAAGCAUACAACAGUCUAGAGGCCGAGGUGCAAAACAGACUCCAUCAGGACCCGGACUACCCGUGUGAGGUGGUCGGGAGCUGGAACACCUGGUACGGAGAACAGGAUCAAGCUGUGCACCUGUGGCGAUACAAAGGAGGCUUCCCGGCCUUGACUGAGUGUCUGGAGAAGUUGAACAAAAACCAGGAGUAUUUAGCGUUUCGGAGAGAGAGGGCGAAGAUGUUGAUUUCGAGGCGAAACCAGCUCCUGCUGGAGUUCAGCUUUUGGAACGAACCUCUUCCCAGACAAGGACCAAACAUCUACGAGAUGCGCACUUAUCACCUCAAGCCAGGAACCAUGAUCGAAUGGGGAAAUCACUGGGCGAGGGCCAUCAAAUACCGGCAGGACAACAGCGAGGCGGUGGGCGGGUUCUUCUCACAGAUCGGUGACCUGUACGUCGUUCAUCACCUGUGGGCUUAUGAAAGCCUCCAGUCCCGGGAGGAGACGAGGAACUCUGCCUGGCUGAAGGAGGGGUGGGACGUGAAUGUGUAUUACACAGUGCCUUUGAUCAGAAGCAUGGAGUCCAGAAUAAUGAUUCCCACCAAGAAUUCACCAUUACAAUGAGAAGGAGACGACUGAAUCUGUGAAACAAAACCGAACGAACACACAACUCAUUCACCUGCCGCCGGAGCGACGUGAAAGGAAUCUGGUUCCUAUACUGAUUGUGUGUUUCCUUUUUCAUCUGCUGGACGAUCUCUGUUACGACCAAGUAUGUCAACAACAACCAAAAACACACUUUUUGAUUCGACAUUUGAACCAGUCACUCGUAAUGACACAGUGUUGGUGCGAAUUUAUUUUGAGAAUCCUGAACUUUAGUUUGGGUCAAAUAUGUGGAAUGAGGAAUGAGAAAACUAAGUCGAUGCAAUACAAAAUUAUUUUGCAUAUGUAGUAUUGCACAAGUGAGUGUGAUUCACAUUAAGAUUAUGAAGAGUGAGAUGCUGCUUUUUGUUUUCAUCAUGAAGGAAUAAUCUCAGCAUUUUUUAUGACUGUAGCCAAUGAGAUCUCAGCGACUUUUCGCCACUGUGAAGGUAAAUCGCACGUUCAAUCAGACGAAGCUUAGACGACUACCUCCAUAAUUAUAAAUACCCGAUCAUUUCACUGAUUUAAUAUUUACAGUAAGAUGUGUGAGGGACCUACUAGGGGCACAUGUUUACUUUGAAGAAUUUAAUGUCCAGUCUUUUCAAAAUAAAAGUUGACGGAUAAUA